GGUGGCCUCGGGCUCCCCGCCCCCGGUGGGCGGGCCCGGGGCGGAGCGCACAGGCGGGGUGGGCCGGGGACGCGAGGCGGAGCGGGGCCCCCGCACAGGCCGCGGCGGCUGGCUCGGCCCUACGGUCCCAGCGGCGGCUGCAGGAGGAAGCCCGGCGGCUGCGGAGGAGGGGAGGCGGAGAGGCCGAGGCCGCUCGCGAAGACGCUCCCCGGCUCCGCAGGGAAAGGCUCCUAGAAGGUGAGUACGGACGGUAUGCAAAGUUGUGAAUCCAGUGUCGACAGUGCGGAUGACCCUCUCAGUCGUGGCUUACGGAGAAGGGGACAGCCUCGUGUGGUGGUGAUCGGUGCUGGCUUGGCUGGCCUGGCUGCAGCUAGAGCACUUCUCGAGCAGGGCUUCACAGAUGUCACUGUGCUCGAGGCUUCCAGACACAUUGGGGGCCGUGUGCAGAGCGUGAGACUUGGACACGCCACCUUUGAGCUGGGAGCCACCUGGAUCCAUGGAUCCCAUGGGAACCCUAUCUACCAUCUAGCAGAAGCUAAUGGCCUUUUGGAAGAGACAACAGAUGGGGAGCGCAGCGUGGGCCGCAUCAGCUUCUACUCCAAGAAUGGUGUGGCCUGCUACCUUACCAACCAUGGCCGUCGGAUCCCCAAGGACGUGGUUGAGGAAUUCAGCGAUUUAUACAACGAGGUCUAUAACUUGACCCAGGAGUUCUUCCGGCAUGGUAAACCAGUCAACGCUGAAAGUCAGAACAGCGUCGGGGUGUUCACCCGGGAGAAGGUGCGCAGUCGCAUCAGGGAUGACCCUGACGACACAGAGGCCACCAAGCGCCUGAAGCUCGCCAUGAUCCAGCAGUAUCUGAAGGUGGAGAGCUGUGAGAGCAGUUCUCACAGCAUAGAUGAGGUGUCCCUGAGCGCCUUCGGAGAAUGGACGGAGAUCCCUGGCGCCCAUCACAUCAUCCCCUCAGGCUUCAUGCGAGUUGUGGAGCUGCUGGCUGAGGGCAUUCCCCCACAUGUCAUCCAGCUGGGGAAAGCCGUCCGUUGUAUCCACUGGGACCAGGCCUCAGCUCGCCCCCGGGGUCCUGAGAUCGAACCCUGUGGUGAGGGUGACCACAAUCACAACACUGGGGAGGGUGGCCAGAGUGGAGAGAGCCCCCAGCAGGGAAGGAGGGACGAGGAUGAGCAGUGGCCGGUAGUUGUGGAGUGCGAGGAUUGUGAAGUGAUCCCUGCAGACCAUGUGAUUGUGACCGUUUCGCUGGGCGUGCUCAAGAGGCAGUACACCAGUUUCUUUAGGCCAUGCUUGCCCACAGAGAAGGUGGCUGCCAUUCACCGCCUGGGCAUUGGCACCACCGACAAGAUCUUCCUUGAAUUCGAGGAGCCCUUUUGGGGCCCUGAAUGCAACAGCCUGCAGUUUGUGUGGGAGGAUGAGGCAGAGAGCUGUACCCUCACUUACCCACCUGAGCUCUGGUACCGCAAGAUCUGUGGCUUCGAUGUCCUGUACCCACCAGAGCGCUACGGCCACGUGCUGAGUGGCUGGAUUUGUGGGGAGGAGGCUCUCGUCAUGGAGAGGUAUGAUGAUGAGGCCGUGGCUGAGGUCUGCACAGAGAUGCUGCGACAGUUCACAGGAAACCCCAAUAUACCAAAACCUCGGCGAAUCCUGCGCUCAGCCUGGGGCAGCAACCCAUACUUCCGAGGUUCCUAUUCAUACACACAGGUGGGCUCCAGUGGGGCAGAUGUGGAGAAGCUGGCCAAGCCUCUACCCUACACAGAGAGCUCCAAAACAGCGCCCAUGCAGGUGCUGUUCUCCGGGGAGGCCACGCACCGCAAGUACUACUCCACUACCCAUGGUGCUCUGCUCUCUGGCCAGCGCGAGGCUGCUCGGCUCAUCGAGAUGUACCGAGACCUCUUCCAGCAGGGGCCCUGAGGGUGUUCUCACUGCCAUAUGUGUUCCUUAAAGAACCACUAACUCGUGACUGCUGUCCCUUCCCUUGCCCAUGUACUCGUAAUUUCCUAAUUGUCUGUAGAAUGGAAUUUUAUCUUUUGUAGCAGACACUGGGCGGGCUUCAGACCUGGCCCUAUUAUAGCUUUUCUUUUUCUCCCGGCUGGGUAAUGACUAGGUGGGAUUUGGCUUCCUGCUUCCCCCUCCUCCAUGUUAUUGCAAGUGCCUUCAAUACUUUGCAUUUUGGGAUAAUAAAAGAAGUGACCCUUCCCGUGCUCGCA